AACAGAGAUCCUCCUUUCCUUCUUCAUCAUCAUCAUUUCGCGUCUCUUUGAUCAGAGAAACCCUAAUUUCUUAAGAACCCUAAAUCACAAUCUUCCUUCCAGAUUCUGUAUGUAAAUGCAUCUAAAGAAUUCAACAGUAGCAGAACGGCGGUUCAUCGGAAAAGAAGCCGCCAGUUAUCCACCUUCCUCCGAUUUGGAUCCGAAACCAAAGAUUAAGCAUCACCGUCCCUUUCAAGUACCCGAAACUCUAACCCCAGAGAAACCCGCAUACCGAGCAGACCCUUACAAUCAAUCGCAACCCCCUCCUAGCCAUCAUCAUCUCUCCGUCGAAAUCCCAGAUUCAUCCUCUCCGCAUAAGAGGCCCGCGGCGGCGGCGGCGGCUCAAUCUUCUCAUCCGUUUCGCAGCAACGACCGUGGAAGAAGCUUGGGUCUUUUGUCGUUUCUCUCAUCGUCUCUUCCGUCGAAUCAGAAGCUGCUCCGUCAAGUCAUCCGAGUUCGUUUGAUAUGUUUCCACCUCCGUUUCCUGCUCCUCCUCUCCGUCCCUCCUCUCUACAUCUUCUUCCUCUUGAUCAGUUUCCGAGUCCUCCUCCUCUUCCUCUUCUCCAUCAUCGCUUUCUCCUUCAUCCUCUCGAUCUCUCUCAAGUUCGCUCUCCCUCACUUGCCCUCGAUUCGUCUCUUCAUCGCUCGAUUGCUCUCCCUCAGCCCUACCAGAUCCUCUUCCUCCUUAUCCUCUUCCUCCUCCUCUCAGGAGAGGACGAAACAGGUUGUUUGGUCGAUCGGGUCGAAGCCUGUGACGGAGAAUAAUAAGAAGACUAACUCCGGCUCUUGGGUUCAGAAGUACAGCUCCGGUGACGUGUACGAGGGAGAGUUUCUUAGGGGGAAGUGUUCGGGGAGUGGUGUUUAUUACUACUCGAUGAAGGGGAAGUACGAAGGGGAUUGGGUUGAUGGGAAGUAUGAUGGAUUUGGAGUGGAGACGUGGGCUAAAGGAAGUAGGUACAGAGGUCAGUACAGGCAAGGGAUGAGACAUGGAACUGGAAUCUAUAGGUUUUAUACGGGGGAUGUGUAUGCUGGUGAGUGGUCUAAUGGACAGAGCCAUGGGUGUGGUGUGUAUACCUCUGAGGAUGGUAGUCGGUUUGUUGGAGAGUUCAAAUGGGGUGUCAAACAUGGUCUUGGUCAUUACCAUUUUAGAAAUGGUGAUACAUAUGCUGGAGAGUACUUUGCAGACAGGAUGCAUGGUUUUGGAGUGUAUCUAUUUGCAAACGGACAUCGGUAUGAAGGAGCUUGGCAUGAGGGUAGAAGGCAAGGGCUUGGUAUGUACACAUUCAGGAACGGUGAGACACAGGCAGGGCAUUGGGAAAACGGUGUUCUCAGCUGUCCUACCGAGCAGACCACCCGCCCUGGUUCAUCGUUUUCAAUCAGUCACUCCAAGGUUCUAGACACUGUCCAGCAAGCGAGGAAAGCAGCAGAGAAAGCACGUGAAGUUGUGAAAGUGGAAGAGAGAGUGAACAGGGCAGUGAUGGUCGCAAACCGAGCAGCUAACGCUGCUAGAGUUGCUGCUACAAAGGCUGUUCAAACCCAAACAUAUUACAGUAGCGGCGGCGGUGAUGAUCCCGUGUGAGUAGUUACUGUGGCAAAAGCUUUUUGACAUAGUCCGCAACCAUGAAUCUUACCUCGAACUUCUUGGAUGACACGAGAGAAAGAAAGAGAUAGAGAGACGUCUUAGAGAAGACACUCAAAAAUUGCAUCUACCGUUGAGAUUUUUCGUGAAGAAGGUGAACCCCCACUUGGAACCAAUGUCGAGAUCUCAAAUAAGUAAAUAAAUAUAGCAGAUCUGGGCUACGGAGCAAGAAGCUAUAAAGGUUUUCCCUCCCACUUCUUGUAAACUUGUUUGAAAAGCAAAGGCUGGUUGGUUUAUAAACUGUACAUAGAGGUUGUUGAAGAGUAAGCAAUGUGUGUUAACAAUAGUUCGUUGUAACCCAAUCUAAGAGAAGUAACAAAACAUUGUCUUCUUGUUACAAAACGUGUGGAAAUAACUUCUCUUCCUACUAUAGAUUAUUUUCAAUAGAAAAUGACCAUUGAGUA